CCAGAGGUUUAUGCAUUGAGAUCCACCGCUUGACAAAAACCCUCAAUAGACAGAUUUCUUCUCCGGGUAACUAUGGUCCAAUCUCUUUUUCUGUUCCUGGCACUACUUGUGCCCUUCCCUGGACUCUCGGUGCCAUGGAGGACAUCAGAGGUGUUUUUAAAAACUUUACACCCUGAAGAUCGGAUGUGGUAUUUUGGCCAAGAAUAUGUCGCAGCUUCUUACGUGGAACUGGGUAACCUAACGUGUUCCUGUAAAGAAAGCACCAAGAUGUCCUCUCCAUGUGUCGCCAAUGUUUGUAUCCUACAAACACCUCGGCAGAGAUACGUCUUUAGCUUUCCGGAGGGUGGAAGACUUAUUACUACAGAACAUUUUCUAAAUGCCACCCUACACCAUCUUCACCGAACCUCCUGUGGGUCGGUAGGGACCAUCCUGGAUCCAGAAGGAGUGAGAUCUGCGGUUACGUAUUGUGAAGGACAAAUACGUGGAUUUUUCAGCGUGGACAAAGAACAAUUUUCCAUUCAGCCCAUUAAGGAGAAACAUUUGCUACGGAGUCAUGAGCAGGAAACAUGGAAUGCCCAUAUGGUCUUCCGGCUUGGGAAUGUUUCUGAGGGAUACAAAGAGCCAUUAAACAUUCCUCAUGUCCGUCAGCGACUAAAGAGAGCCGUUCUUGGUGUAAAGCACUUGGAACUUCUAGUGGUUGUGGGUCAUGACGUUUACCAGUUUCACCAGGAAGAUACAGAAAGAUAUAUUCUUACCAAUCUUAAUAUUGGGGCAGAAUUACUGAGAGAUGUGUCACUCGGUGCUACACUCCGUGUCCAUCUGGUGAAAAUGAUUGUUCUGACUGAGCCAGAGGCUGGUAUCCAGGUCGGUGAAAACCUCAUGACUUCCCUGAUGAGUGUCUGUGAGUGGAGCAGAACCUUGAAUCCUCUCAGCGAUUCUGACCCACAGCAUGCUGAUCUGGUCCUUUAUAUUACCAGGUUUGACCUUCAGUUACCCGAUGGAAACAAGCAAGUACGUGGGGUCACCCAGCUAGGAGGGGCCUGUUCCUCUUCCUGGAGUUGCGUCAUCACCGAAGACACGGGCUUUGACCUGGGGAUCACCAUAGCCCACGAAAUCGGACAUAGUUUUGGAAUAAACCAUGAUGGGACUGGAAACAGUUGCAGUGGCAGCGGGAAAAUCAUGGCCGCCGAAGGAAGCCACAACAGCGUCCACCUGACAUGGUCAGAUUGUAGUAGAGAGCAGUUCCUUCAAUUUCUCAGCAGCGACCAGGCGAACUGUAUAGAUGACCUCCCGGCACUGGAAAGCAAUAUCCCUGGAUGGAAGCCCGGUCUGUAUUACGGUGCGGAUGAGCAAUGUAAAAUCGCAUUCGGGAGCUCGGCCCUGGCCUGCACCUUUUCCAAUAAUGAUCUGGACAUGUGCAGCGUCCUCUCCUGUCACAUCAACCAACAACACCGGACCAGCUGCAACCGUCUCCUUGUCCCAUUGCUUGACGGCACAGAGUGUGGCGAGAACAAGUGGUGUCACAAGGGUCGCUGCACUUCUCUUGAGGAAUUGAAUCCAGUAUCAGUUGUCCAUGGAGUGUGGUCUAGCUGGAGUGCUUUCACCUCCUGUUCCCGAAGUUGUGGAGGGGGGGUAAUCGUCAGGAAACGUCAAUGCAACAACCCAAGACCUGCAUUUGGUGGUCGCAACUGCGAAGGCCCGAGUCUUCAGGCUGAAAUGUGCAAUACACAGGCCUGUGACACAACACAACUGGAGUUUAUGACCCAGCAAUGCUCGGCCACUGAUGAGAAGCCUCUUUUCCUCUCUCAAGGUCAGGCCUCGUACUACCGCUGGACAUCGGUGGCCGGGUUUGCACAUGGAGACACAUUGUGCCAGCACAUGUGCCGUGCUCAGGGGCAAAACUUCAUGGUGAAACGAGGCGACACUUUUAUGGAUGGUACUCGGUGUGAGACAGGUGGGGAGACAGAUGCAACCUUCAAGCUGUGUGUUGCUGGAAAGUGUAAGGUCUUUGGCUGUGAUGGAGUCCUGGAUUCUGGGAUGGCGAUGGACCAGUGCAGGGUAUGUGGUGGAGACAACAGCACCUGCAGUAGAGUCAGUGGGACCUUCACUGAAGGAAAAGCCAGUGUGUAUGCCACUUUUCUAACAAUUCCGGUGGGUUCUACAUCAAUACAAGUGAUCAAUAAAAAGCCUCUUUUCACUCAUUUGGCUGUUAAGGAAAACACAGAGUAUAUUGUAGCCGGAAAGAAAAGUGUCUCCUUAAAUGUCACCAUUCCUUCCACCUUGGAAGAUGAACAGAUGAAGUAUAGACUGUUUCUAACACCCGAGAAGCUUCCUCAUCAGGAAACAAUCAGUAUCAAUGGUCCGACCACAUCUGAGGUAGAGAUACAGGUUUACAGAAAGUAUGGUCCAGAAUAUGGUGAGAUUACAAAUCCGGACAUUUCAUACAGUUACCACGUUCCUAAGGAAGACCAUUAUUAUGCGUGGAUGUUGGUCCGUGGACUGUGCUCAGCUACUUGUGGUGGAGGUGUUCAGACGGUGUCCCAUGAAUGCUUUGACCAUAUGCUCCAACAGAUGGUGGAAUCCAAGUUCUGUAAUUCUUCUAAUUUUAUCAGCCCCACUAAGGAACCCUGUGGCGAUGAUCCUUGCCCUCCAAGGUGUGUAGUUCCUCUCUCUAUGUAUGAAGUGUUUAGUGAGUCCUUUGGGAGGAAUCACUCUAGACUUUUUUUUUCCAUUUUCAGGUGGGAUGUAAAGGUGACUUCGCCCUGUACAGUCUCCUGUGGAGGUGGAAUCAUGUUAAGGACCGUGCACUGUGUCCAAAAGCAAGAUCAUAUGGAGACAAUUGUACCUGACCGGGACUGCGACCACACACCUAGACCUGAUGCUUUUACUAGCUGUCAACCAGAGGCCUGUCCUGCAAGGUGGGAAGUGUCGGAGCCGGGUCCUUGCUCAGCAGUUUGUGGAUCGGGCCUGGCCGAGCGGAAGGUUUCCUGCGUGCAGGUGCAGUCUAGAUUGGAGGCCAUCGUUGAAGACUCUCAUUGCUUAGGGCAGGAGAAGCCAACCACCUUGGUACAGUGUGUGAUCAGCGUAUGUCCUGUUGGCUGGGAUAGAAUUAUACCUACAGUAAAUAAAGAUAUCCAUCUCCUGAACACCUCCUACAGCAGACCAGAUGUUUACGUGUGGAGUCCGGUCCAGGGUGACUGCUCGGUUACUUGUGGCACAGGUAUUUCAGAGCUCCGCUACGUUUGUGUUGACUUCCAUGCCAAAGAGGAGACUUCGGAGGAGAACUGUAACCAAACUUUGAAGCCAGAGACACAGCACAGGCCAUGUCAACCUCAGAGCUGCCCUCCAGAAUGGGAGUUGAAGGAGUUGUCCCCUUGUCCUGUGACUUGUGGAGGAGGAAUAAUACCUCUGUCUGUGGCUUGUGUUAGGAAGGAGAACAACAUCACCCAUCGGUUACCUCACUCCAAGUGCAGCCGAAUCCCUCGUCCAAAUUCCACAAGAGAGUGUGCCACGGAGCCCUGUCCUGUCCGGUGGCACUAUAAAGCCGGAUCCUGUAGUGUAAGUUGUGGAGGGGGGAUCUUACAGAGAGUUCUAUACUGCACCCGAGUCCCCCAGGAUGAAGUAAGUGAAGAAAUAAUAGUCGCAGAUACUGAAUGUCAGCACCUACCUCAUCCUCAAGAACAAGAACCCUGCAACCAGCAACCAUGCCCCCCGAGGUGGCGAGUGGUAGAAGCCAGCCCAUGUUCUGCAGCUUGUGGGUACGGAAUAUCCAAGCAGAAGGUAUCAUGUAUGGAGACAGUGGCUGGAGCUGAGAAGGAAGUGAAUGCAUCAUCCUGUCCAUCUCACGAGAGACCUCUGUCUGUUAUCCCUUGUUUUAUUGCCAGCUGCUUCUACACAUGGGAUGUAGGGGCCUGGACUCAGUGCUCGGUUACAUGUGGAAAUGGCAUUCAGAGACGUCAAGAAUUUUGCUUAAACUCUAAGACACAUCAGCAAGUGAGCCCCACAUUCUGCCUGAACUCCCCAAAACCCAUAACCCUGAGAGGAUGUUCAGGGAAUCCCUGCCAACCCCUUGACACACAGACGUCACCACCAGAAGUGGCACGUACCCUACUGGUGACACCUCUAACAUCUGCUGCCCCUAACCAGAGACCUCAUUUUAAAGCUCGACAAAUGUCUGAAAGACCAGGAGAUCUUCUUAUGGAUGAUGAAACCCAAAAUGGUAUAUGUGGGCGUCUCUACCUGAACGCAUCUGGAGUAAUAAAUACUACUGGUCUUCUUGAAAAAGAUUGUGUAUUCUCAAUAGGACGUCCACUUGGAGAGGUGGUUGUUGUCAAAGUCCUGUCAAGCUCGCUCAACUGCACAGCCGGGGAACUGGUGUUAUUUUAUGGCAGAGCCAUGUGGAGAAAGUCAUGUACCCGGCUCUCUGCAGUCACUGUGAUUGCGAGAUCGAACACCCUGACAGUGAGACAGCGCCAGAUUCUUCCUGGGAAUGGUAUCGCACUGGCAUACUGGAGCAGAUCAGCCACAGAGGUCUACCACCAAGACUGUGAUAUCCAACUUUUUGGGAUGCAAGGCGACAUAAAGAAUCCUGUACAACCAAAGUCCGUGUCCCCUGCAUGUCGUGUUUUUAUUGAUGUCCCCCCUACGAUGACCAUAGCUAUCCAUGCGUUAUAUAUGGAUCUGAAUUCUGGACACAACCAGACAGACUCAAACUAUAUCCUGAUUCGUGACAUGAAGACACUAAAGUCCAGCGCCUUCCAUGGGAAUCAUUUAUUUUACUGGGAAUCUCUGGGAAGCCAAGUGGAGAUAGAAUUCAAUGGAGACUUCUCACAAGACAGAGUCAGCUUCCGGGCCCAGUACUGGGCAAAGGAGCGAGGCCGACAGAUGAAGACCCAGACAGGCAACGUUUAGCCGAUGGAGUCAUCUUAGAGCUUGGAAUCCAUCACAUUUAUUUUGUAUCUUUCAUAAACUUGGCCACAGAAUAAAGCAGUGGUUUCCAAACUGUAGACUUAUGGCUGGUGCAAAACUACAACUCCCAGCAUGCUCGGACAGCCUUCAGCUGUUGUAGUUUUGCAACAGCUGGAGGCCCAAAAUUUGAAGACCACUAGACAAGAGCAAAACUUUAUUUUUAUUUUUAGAGCCAAGUUCUUAUGGACAAAUCUAAAUUUUAUAUAGUUUAUUUUUUUUGUAUUUUUAAAUGACAAUAAUUUGGCACAGAC